UCUAUCUAGAUUCUAGUACACUGUACACUGAACAAAAAUGGCUUCUUUUCUACCUUCAUCCGUCACAUUUCAACCUAAGCAAAACCCAAAUUUCACAAAACCCAGAAUAAAUUCAUCAAUUUCCUCUUCAAUUUCGAAUUCUAGAGCUAAAUGGGUUUCGAAUUUGCAAUCAAAAUCAUUGAAUUUCGCUUUCUCUGGUGCUCUGGCUCUUGGAUUAUCUCUUUCUGGAGUUGGUGUUGCUGAGGCGGCAUUAAGUGGUGUUAAUAAGCCAGAAUUGCUGCCUAAAGAUUUCAGUACUGUUAUUGAUGUUGCUGGAUUUCUUUCUUCUGGUCAGGAAAGGCGUCUUGCUCAGGAGAUUGCUAAUAUUGAAAAGGAUACAGGAUUCAAGCUUAGAAUAUUGGCUCAGAAUUAUCCUGAGACACCUGGGUUAGCAAUUAAAGAUUAUUGGCAAGUAGAUGACAGAACAAUUGUAUUCGUAGCUGAUCCAACAUUUGGCAAUAUCUUGAACUUCAAUGUGGGGGCUAUAGUUGAUUUAGACAUACCUCGUAGCUUUUGGAGUCGAUUGGCAGGGAAAUACGGCAACAUGUUCUAUUGGAAGGAAAAGGGUGAAGAUGCAUCUGUUGAGGCUGCUGUCAUGGCAAUAUCACAAUGCUUAAGCGAACCUGUCGGCCCUACUAAUUGCUCGGAGGUGAAGUGAUAUCAGCACAGUAAGCAUUUUCCCUCAAACUUCAUCAUUUGCACAAAUUAUGCUCACAGAUAAGCCUUGUCACAACUUUCCAUCUUACUUUGCUUGGUGAGUUUGUAUGACCUUUUAAGUCCAUAUCUGGUGGAUUUCCUUUCAGUAAAUAGAAACUUUGCAUUCUUUAUAAACGCUAUACUGAGCAUCAUAUGUUAAUCAUUGUAUAGGUUUUCCCAAUUUGGAGUCAAACAAUGUGUUAAAUAACGAUUAUUUGAAAUGAUACAUUAUAUUGUGGAUCAAAUUCCAAUGAUUCACACCACUCA